AUGGGGCAAUGCCAGGGGGGCUCGCACCCUCGUGCCUCGCAGCCGGGGCCCCCUCGGGUGCUGCCGAAGGGGCGGCUGGGGGGCCCCCGCUCGCAAAUCCCCACCUCCCCCGGGGCGGGCGAGGGUGCAGGGAUCCAGGUUGCGUGGCUCUGCCCCCCUCCUCCACCCAGCGCUUUCUCCUUGUCCUUCAAGGGCUCUUCUCACCUGCCGCAGCAGCUGAAGUUCACGACGUCCGACUCCUGCGACCGGAUCAAGGAUGAGUUCCAGCUCCUGCAGGCGCAGUAUCACAGCUUGAAGCUGGAAUGCGAUAAGCUGGCCAGCGAGAAAUCGGAGAUGCAGCGUCACUACGUCAUGUACUAUGAGAUGUCGUACGGGCUCAACAUCGAGAUGCACAAACAGGCUGAAAUCGUCAAGCGGUUAAAUGGGAUUUGUGCUCAAGUCCUGCCCUACCUUUCCCAAGAGCACCAGCAGCAGGUCCUGGGAGCCAUUGAGCGGGCCAAGCAAGUGACAGCACCGGAGCUCAACUCCAUCAUCCGCCAGCUCCAAGCUCACCAGCUGUCGCAGCUCCAGGCCCUGGCACUGCCCCUGACUCCGCUGCCUGUGGGGCUGCAGCCCCCGUCCCUGCCAGCCGUCAGUGCUGGCACUGGGCUCCUCUCACUCUCGGCCCUGGGCUCUCAGGCUCACCUCUCCAAGGAGGACAAGAAUGGCCACGAUGGGGACGCCCACCAGGACGACGACGGGGACAAGUCGGAUUAGAGGGAGGGGGGCGGGGGCAGGCAGGGGCGUUCAGUCAAAGAUGCAGUAUCUCCCUGGGCAGCGGGCAGCAGAACUGCCAUAGUCUCGCAGAGUGGCAGCUCCCCGGGCAUUACGCCCCCCCCUUCCUCUCCUGCCCCAUGCCCAUGGUCUGCGGGGGACGGCCAGCGAAGGCCUCUCGCGCCCCCAGCUUGGCAACUCAGCAGCAAUAAGAGCGCCAGAGCUACGAGCACGUGGGCUUCUAAAUCCCAGCAGCCUCCCCCUUGCCCCC